AUGUCCUUCCUGACCCUCUUCACAGCGGACGCGGCAGCAGCACACGGGCAUGAGUUCUCGGGUAACAAUAACCCAAACACAACGACAAAUGGAGCUACGAAUUCGGUGAUUCGGGCGUCGGUUUCGUCUGGGUCGUUGGGGCGUAGUGGGAGUGUGGAUGGGGGGAUUCGACCACGCUCUACCAUAUCCUCUAACGUAUCCACUGUGUUUGAGGACCCGCUGCUCCCUCCCUCACCCGCGGUACCUAGAAAGUCGCCGCGCACGAAGACGGCAUACCACUUGGCACAACCACCACCCAGUGCGCACCUGCUGCAUAGGCACUCGUUGAAGCCAUCGAGGAAUCUAGUGGUGCAGUUGCAACGUCUCUCGAAUACUACCAGGCCGGUGCCGACACUGGAUGUUCUCCCUGCCUCGAUUUUUGCGUCGAGGUUGAAGGCUACUUGCGGCCGCUUCUUCAAGCACGGUGUGGGAAGCCAGGACCUUGUGUUUUUGACGAGUGAGGAGUAUGGGAGCGGAGAUGACGAUGACGAUGAUGUGGGUGAGGAUGAAUCGAAUCGGCUCAACGCACGGCACGUGGUAGCCACGGUUUCGCAAAACUACAGGAAGGUUCCGCUAGCGGCUGGGGAGGAUGGGAAAGGUGGGAGUGGUGGGAUGGCAAAGGUCCCGGCGAUACGGCUAGACUCUGGCCCGCCAUGGGAGGUUACGCAGACCGCGUCUGGAGGCUACGAGUUCUCGGCGUAUCAGGAGGAUGGCAGCGUGCUAACGGCGAGGUGGAACCCCAGAGGUGCAGGUACCCUUGCCGGCAGACGCCGUUCGUCCCAAGCACGGGGUAGCAGUUCCGAGGACAGCACGGCGGAACGGAGAUUCCAAUUCAGCCUCGUGAAUCCGGGCUCCCGGAGGCACCCGAUCAUUGCUACACUAGCUAAGCAAACCAUCGAGAUCAACGACCACUACCCCGCUGCAAGCUCAAGCUCCCCGGCGACAACACCCACUCAAUCUCGCUCCUCAUCUCCAGUGCACGGUGCCCCGUCGUCCCCAAGCUCGGAGGAACGCUUGUACAUCAGGACAUCAGACUACAUCUGCACCCUCAUCUUGGCUUCAGGCAUCUGGGUCGCCCUCCGAGAAGGUUUAGCAUCAAGCAACAGCCUCCACCUCGACGACGCCGCCCCACUGUCCCCAACCCCCAACCCGCCCGGUCAUCUCUCCCCAAACCCAACAACCGGGGCCUCCUCCUCCCCCGCCGCCAAUCGUCCACGCGCAGCCGGCCGCUCGUCCUCAUGCCCUGUAGGCCCAGAGGUAACAUUCGAUGAAACCCCACGCAGCCAGCUAAUACGCUCGGGCACAGUGCUCGGGCACCAGGUGACAACCUCCACAAAGCGCACCCCGAGCCUGGAUGACCACCGUACUCAAACCCCAACACUCCCGAGACGCUCCUUCUCAGCGGGACCUUCAACAAGACCACGGUCGGUCACAACUUCGCACCUCCUCCGCGGCCUCUCAAGUACCUCCAGAACACCAAGCCCAACCCCCCGCCCGCAAACACCCCCACACCGGGUCCCAGACCAAUCACUCACCCCGCCCACCAGUGGCUGCAUGUACAUACACCGUCGCCGUGGUGCCCACCAUCACAGACACUCGAACUCUGCCAGUCUCCCGAGCUCGCCGGCAAAGUAUCCCGAAGAGAGGCGACGGAGGAAUGGUAGAAGGGGUGGUGCAAAUAAGGAUUUGCCGCUUGUGGAUGCGCACUCGGAAUGGAAGAGGAGGGAGAAGGGGGUGCAGGGAGAUGGUGUGAAUGGUUCGGCGGUGGGGGAUGGUAGUGAGGUGGCGGGGGGGAAGAAGAGGGGGAGGAUCAGGGGGUUUGUGGAUAUGCUUAGGAGGGUUGCGGGUUCUAAGGAGUGA